AUGGGGUUCCAUUAUGAGUGGCUUAAGUGGAUAAUGAGAUGUGUCAGAACGGUGAGUUACUCUUUCUUGAUAAAUGGUGAACCUAGGGGGAAGUUGAUUCCAUCUAGAGGUCUGUACCAAGGUGAUUCGAAAUCCCCAUACUUGUUCUUAGUAUGUGCAAAAGGUCCUUCAAGAAUGUUGAAGAAUGCAGAAGAGCAACAACUGUUACACGAUGUUUCUAUUGUGGCUAGCGCUCCCCCCAUUAGUCAUCUUUUCUUUGCUGAUGACUUCUUCAUCUUCAUGAACGCAGAAAGCGAUGAAUGCACCCGAUUGAGGCAGAUAUUCCAAUGGUAUGAAGAAGCUUCGGGCCAACAGGUGAAUUUUCAAAAGAGUUGUAUUUCUUUCUCUAAAAAUGUUACCCUUGAGUUUCAAGAAGAAUUAGCUGCUGUCUUGGGUGUGGAGAGGGUUGACAAACACGAUGAGUAUCUUGGCCUCCCUACUGAAGUGAGUUACUCCAAGACAGUGGCUUUCCAAUUUACCACAGAGAAGACAAGAGAUAAGAUGAAAGGGUGGAAGGAAAAUGUUAGGCAUAGCUGGGAAGGAGGUGAUGAUAAAGUCUGUAGUCCAAUCGAGAAGGGUCGUAAAAUUCAUUGGUCAGCUUGGGACAAGAUGUGUAUCCCCAAGGAGGAAGGAGGAUUGGGUUUUCGCAAUAUGGAGCUAUUCAAUCAAGAUUUAUUAGCAAAGCAAGGUUGGAGAUUACUCAAAUAUCCGAAUUCAUUGUUGGCUAGGACAUUGAAGGCAAAAUAUUUCCCAGAGGAUAGCUUUUUGAAUGCAUUAGUGUCCCCAGAUUCGGACUCUAGGGAAUGGCUGCACGAGUGGCUAGAUGAGAUCUUUUCGGAAGAUGAGGUGGAGCUGAUUCGGAAAUCCCAUUGA